AUUAUGAAUAUUGUUAAGAAAUGCAUGUCAUCGGCAUCGAGGAGGAGGUUGGACAGUGGCUGGAUCACUUCGCUCUUAUUUUACUAAAUAAACCACCAAAAUGGCGAGUGUUUCCUACCACAUCGCCAAUCUUCUGGAGAAGAUGACAAGUACGGACAAAGAUUACCGCUUUAUGGCCACAAAUGAUUUGAUGACAGAACUGCAGAAAGACUCAAUCAAGCUGGAUGACGAGUCGGAGCGCAAAGUUGUAAGAAUGCUUCUUCGACUACUGGAGGAUAAGAAUGGAGAAGUACAGAACCUCGCUGUCAAGUGUCUGGGUCCUUUGGUCAACAAAGUGAAAGAAUUCCACGUGUACUCAAUCGUGGAGUCACUGUGCGACCACAUGGUGAGCGACCGGGAACAGCUGAGAGACAUGUCCUCCCUUGCUUUGAAGACAGUCAUCAAUGAACUACCAGCAUCAUCGACGGCACUGGUGGCCAACAUCUGCAAGAGAGUCACUGAUAGACUGUCAGAAGCUAUUGUUAGGCAAGAAGAUGUUAGUGUGCAGCUGGAGGCCCUGGACAUCCUGGGUGAUUUAUUAGCUCGAUUUGGAUCUCUCCUCAUUUCCUUCCAUCCCAAUAUAUUAGAUGCGCUGUUGCCCCAGUUGGCAUCUCCACGGCUCGCCGUCAGAAAGCGUACAAUAGUAGCUCUCAGUCAUUUAGUGGUGUCGUGCUCACCACAGAUAUAUGCAAGACUCAUGGACUUUUUGAUUGAUGAACUAGCUAAGAACACAUCUAUGUCUACCACAAGAACGUAUAUCCAGUGUAUUGCAGCUAUUAGUCGUCAGGCGGGUCACCGGUUUGGGGAAUACUUAGAGCGGGUAAUGCCACUCAUUACUCAAUACGUGGCAGUGGAUGACGACGAGUUACGAGAGUACUGCAUCUCUGCCUGCGAAGCCUUUACACUUCGCUGCCCAAAAGAGAUCACCCACCAUUUACCCACGAUUGUAGCGCUUUGUCUAAAGUACAUAACACACGACCCCAAUUAUAAUUAUGACGAUUAUGAAGAUGAUGAGGGCCAGAUGGACAUGGAUGAAGAUGAUGAUGGUGAAGAGGAUGAUGAAUAUUCAGAUGAUGAUGACAUGUCUUGGAAGGUACGUCGAUCAUCAGCAAAAUGCCUGGAAGCUGUAAUCUCAACCAGACAUGAAAUGCUUGUGGAUUUUUACAAGACAGUAUCUCCACAGCUCAUUACCAGAUUUAAAGAGCGGGAAGAAAAUGUCAAAGUUGACAUCUUCCAUGCAUAUAUGGCUCUCCUGCGACAGACUCGGCCUUCUCUGAAUUUGAGCAUUGAUCCAGACGCCAUGGAGCAGGAGGAAGGAACCAUCUCCAUAUUGAAGCAACAGGUGCCGGCUUUAGUCAAAUCUGUGCACAGACAAAUGAAAGAGAAGAGUAUCAAGACUCGCCAGGGAUGUUUUGCUCUCUUGACAGAACUUGUCCAAGUAUACCCAGGUGCCCUCACGCAUCACAUCCCAGUACUUAUUCCUGGCAUUCAGUUCUCACUGGGUGAUAAAAACAGCAGCAGCAACAUGAAGAUUGAUACUCUGGCCUUUGUGCACUGCCUUUUAAUCCAUCACAGUGGGGAAGUGUUUCACCCUCACAUUAGUGAGUUGCUUCCUCCAGUGGUGACAUGUGUUGCUGAUCCAUUUUAUAAGAUAACAGCCGAGGCAUUGCUCGUCUUGCAACAGAUCGUCAAGGUCAUCAGACCUCUAGACUUGGCUUCAUCAUUUGACUUCACUCCAUACACUGGUGACCUGUAUCACUGUACGCUGGCAAGAUUAAGAGCUGCAGAUCUGGACCAGGAGGUGAAGGAACGUGCUAUUGCUUGCAUGGGACAGAUCAUCUCCCACCUUGGUGAUCAUCUGCAGGGCGAACUUGGGACUUGUCUACCUAUCUUCUUGGACCGACUAAGGAACGAGAUCACACGCCUUACCACGGUUAAGGCACUCACCAAAGUGGCAGCUUCUCCUCUCAGAAUUGACCUGCGACCCAUCCUUGGCGACGCUCUGCCAGUAUUAGCCUCCUUCCUUCGCAAAAACCAGAGAGCAUUGAAGCUGGCAACACUGACACUCCUAGAUACACUAGUCACUAAUUACUCUACAGCUCUCAGUCCUCAAAUGCUUGAUAAGGUACUAGGAGAGUUGCCACCAUUAAUCAACGAGUCUGACCUUCACAUCGCUCAGCUGUGCCUCACACUUCUCACCUCCACUGCCAAGCUUCACAAAUCAUCUCUAGCAAACUUUCUCCAACUCAUCAUGCCUGAUGUUAUGGCUCUUGUUAGAUCUCCUCUACUUCAAGGGGGAGCAUUGAAAGCCAUGCAGGAUCUGUUUGAAUCUGUUGUACGUGCUGGGCUUCCUGGUCUUGGCUACCAGGACAUCCUCAACCACCUCCUUGCACCUCUCGUCUCACCUCAGGCUGCUAAUAUACACAAGCAGGCUUACCACUCCAUGGCAAAGUGUGUGGCUGCUCUGACCUUGACGCAUCCCAGUGAGGCUGUUGGUGUUGUUGACAGAUUUCUAAUGGACGUCACGAAUCCUCGGUCACCGACAGUUCAGUCCUUCUCACUUCUUGCCAUUGGAGAAAUUGGGAAACAUAUUGAUCUUAGUGGCAUCCCACAACUGAAGGAUGCUGUGGUGGCAUCAUUCAGUUCUCCUUCUGAGGAAGUCAAAUCUGCAGCUUCUUACGCCCUUGGUCACUUAAGCUGCGGCAACUUGCAGGAAUAUCUUCCGUUUGUCUUAACAGAAAUAGAGGCUAACCCCAAAAGACAAUAUCUUCUUCUACAUUCAUUAAAAGAGAUCAUCAGUCUACAAAGUAAGAGUGUGGAAGGUGUUAAGGUUCUUCAAGGUUUUGUAAGCGACAUCUGGGCGCAGCUCUUCCGACACACGGAAUGCAUCGAGGAGGGAACCCGUAAUGUUGUUGCAGAAUGUUUAGGGAAAUUAACGUUGAUUAAUCCCUCUGCUCUUCUUCCUAAAUUGCAAGAAUCAUUAAAAACAGACUCGCCAAUGAUGAGAACAACAAUUGUAACUGCAAUCAAGUUUACCAUCUCAGAUCAGCCAACGACCAUUGACAGUUUACUCCGACACUGCAUCGGUGACUUCUUGUCUACUCUUCAAGAUCCUGAUCUCAAUGUGCGACGUGUAGCCCUUGUUGCGUUUAAUUCAGCAGCCCACAACAAGCCCUCCCUUGUUCGUGAUCUUCCUGAUACCAUUCUCCCUCAACUCUACAAUGAAACUAAAGUUAGAGUACGUAUACAGUGGUCUCAGACAUGACACUUGAAUGAACUA